GUCAGUUUAUCAACAGCACUUAAUAAUUUUGUGGUGUACGUCUAUGAUAAAUAUGAAACCCUACAAUCCCCUCUAUACUAGAUCUUUAGAUUCCGUAAACAAUCCAUCGCAAUUCGCACCACAAAGAUUAUCAUGGAUUUACUUCAACUAUCCAUAACCUUAAUAGCUAGUAUGUUUUCUUUUCUGCUCUUUGCUCGUCUUGCAUGGAUUCGAACUGGAGUUCACAGAAGCAGAAAUGCAACAGGAAAGACAGUACCAGAAGCAUCAGGCUCAUUGCCAAUAAUUGGUCACCUGUAUCUUUUAUCUGGUUCUCAAGUUCCUCACAAACUGUUGGGCUCUAUGGCAGAUAAGUUUGGACCAAUAUUCACCAUCAAACUUGGGGUUAAUCGAGUCCUAGUUGUGAGCAAUGCAGAAAUGGCUAAAGAGUGCUUAGCAACAAACGACAGAGUCUUUGCAAGCCGACCAAAAUCCAUGGCAAGUGAGCUGAUGGGCCACAACUAUGCUAAUUUCGCACUUUCACCACAUGUAUCAUACUGGCGUGAGAUGCGGAAGAUAAUUGUUCUUGAACUGGGGUCUCAACAUCGCGUUCAAAUGCUACAACAUAUCCGAACCUCUGAAGUGAAGGCAUCCAUAAUAGACAUAUACAAAAAUUGGAUGAGAAAUAAUAAAGGGUCUUCUGAAACGGUAAAGGUUGACAUGAAGCAUUGGUUUGGGAACUUAAGUCUAAACAUGACUUUGAGGGUGGCAUUUGGGAAUUGCUUGUCACUUGGUGAACAAAAAGAAGAUGAGCUUAAGAACACUAUCAGAAGCAUUUUACAACUAUUCGGUGCAUUCGUGCCAUCUGAUGCCAUUCCAGCCUUGAGAUGGCUAGAUUUAGGAGGCUAUGAGAAGCGGAUGAAGCAGACAGCAAAAGCUUUUGACGUUGUAAUUGAUGGGUGGUUAGAAGAGCACAGAAAGAAGAUGAGUUGUACGCAACAGGAAGAUGAAGGGGAACACCAAGUUCUAAUGGCGGCAUUGUUGUCCCGAAUUAAAGAAGAAUUCAAAGAGAAUCUUUAUGGCUUCAGCACUGAUGCGAUUGUGAAAGCUACAUGCUUGGCAAUUUUUGUUGCUGCCACUGAUACUACAACAGUGACUUUAACAUGGGCUUUAGCUUUACUGGUCAGCAACCCUGUUGUGUUAAAGAAAGCCCAAGAAGAGAUCGAGAAGCAUGUAGGACGAGAUAGAAUGGUUGAAGAGUCAGACUUGAAGAACUUGGUCUAUCUUCAAGCCAUUAUCAAUGAAACAAUGCGACUUUACCCAGCUGCGCCACUUUCUGUUCCUCAUGAAUCUACAGAAGACUGCAUCGUAGGUGGUUACACUGUUCCUAAAGGGACUCGCCUUUUGGUAAAUAUUUGGAGGAUUCAACAUGAUCCUGAAAUAUGGGAAGAUCCAUUUGAAUUCCAACCCGAGAGAUUCUUGACAAGCAAAAAGGAAAUUGAUGUGAAGGGUCAACAUUUUGAGUUGAUUCCAUUUGGAAGUGGUAGAAGAAUAUGCUUGGGAAUCUCUUUUGCUCUAAAAGCUAUGCAGAUGAUAUUAGCCAACGUAAUACAUGCAUAUGAUUUCCACAAUCCAUUGUCUGAGAAGAUCGACAUGACUGAAAGCUUUGGAUUGACAAAUCACAAAGCCACUCCGCUUGAGCUCUUUGUUGCGCCGCGCUUUUUGACAGAUUUUUACCGAGUGUCACCUUAGUCCUCCAACCCUGAUUGAUUGGCUGCCCUUAGUAACUUAGUUUGCAUGUUGUAAGCUUAUCGUGAUUUGGUUGGCCUUUAGCCUUGUUAUUAUUUAACUAUCAACAUAAUAAACAGGAUGGAUAUGGCAUGUAAAACAAUCAUUAUGAUCAUGUAUCAUGUAUGUUUUAUAAAAUUUUAAUAUCGCAAAGCCUAC